AUGUCAAGUGAAAACCUACCACCAGAUGUUAUUAAAAGAAUUCUAAAGGAAUUGAAAGAACUCAAUUCAAAUCCGCUAGAGGGUAUCACCUUAUUACCCCUAGAAGAAGAUAUUUCAAAUAUUGAUGCUUUAAUUGUUGGUCCAAAUGGUACACCAUAUGAAGGAGGACAUUUCAAGGCCAGAUUGAUUUUAAGUUCUGAAUUUCCAGGCGUGCCACCCAAAGCCAAUUUCCUCACAAAGAUAUUCCAUCCCAAUGUCUCAAAGAAAGGUGAGAUCUGUGUCAAUACACUAAAGAAAGAUUGGUCAUCAGAUCUUGGUAUUAAACAUAUUUUAUUGACUAUUAAAUGUUUGUUGAUUGUUCCAAAUGCGGACUCAGCAUUGAAUGAAGAUGCCUCUAUUUUAUUGUUGGAGAACUACGAUGAUUAUUGUAAGCAUGCCAAGAUGUUCACAUCGAUUCAUGCAAAGGCAACUGUUAUUGCAGGUACAGAAAGCACUGGCAACACCUCUGGUGUCAGCUCCAGCAACGUUCUCACCAGCAACAGCACCAACAUCGAAGCAAACAACAAGAGUGAGAAGGCAUCGACUACUUCCUCAUCCAGCGCAUCUACCACAUCGACAACCAGCAGCACAACCACCACUGCUGCCACCAAAAAGAAAGCAGAACUCGAUACAUCAAAGGCCAAAAAGAGUUUAAAAAGACUUUAA